AUGGCUCGCAGAAGAAAGCCCCCGCGGGCGGGCGCGCUGUCGGAGCUCCAACCGCUCAAGAUCGCCACGCAAAUCGCCGCCCUCCAGGCCCUGUACUACAUCACGGCCGGCGUCCUCAUGCUCUUCACGGCCCUUGUGGCGGGCAUGAGCUUCAGCGUCGACAUGAUACUCGGAUGGGACGCCGUGCGCGGCGACACCACCCAGGGGUGGCUGCUGUCCCUCAUCUGGCUGGCUGACGGCGGCCUCUGCAUAGUGCCUGCUGCCAGGGCCGUCGCCAUGGUCGUGCUCAUCGCGAGAAGCAAGCUUGUGCCCGACUUCGCCCUGACCAUGCACCUCCUGCACCUCGUCUUCACCGCCUUGUACACGCGCUCCCUGCCCAGACACUCCAUGUGGUGGAUGACCAUGAUGGCGUCGGCCGCCGUCGCCGUCGCCCUCGGCGUGUGGGGCUGCCGCUACCGCGAGCUGCAGCCCGUCUUCUUUGCCGGCGGGCGAAUCCUUGGCUCCAACUCUGGCUCUGCGCCGGCCGCCGCCUCCAACAGCCACGUCGCUGCCGAGGAGGGCCGCGCCCGUCCUGAGCACGGGGACGACGGGGACGACGGCUUCCCGCGCGGCAGGGGGAGGGGCCGUGGCAAGGACGGAGCCGGCGAGUACGAAAUGGUGGGCAUCAAACAGGCAAAGGACUGA